CACCCCGCCAUCAAGCGAACAUGGUGCACAUUAUCAAUGGAGAAAUCGUACCGGACGAUGACCCCCGGGUGCGCGCUCGUCAGCAGCCUCAGCAAAAUCAGCAGCCUCAAAGACGCUUUGGCUCCGUACACGGCGGCGGGUCAGCAGCUGCACCGCCUCCAGGUAGGGCAGCCCCGGCAGCUGGGGCCUCACCAUUGCAGGGAUUGGCGCAACAAGUGGGGCUGGAGGGCACUGUGACUAUACCUGCAGUGCUCGGGCUGCCAGCUAGACCCGUGCAGAAGAUCCACCUGGCGGUGGCGGCUCUACUUACGGCUUUCUUCGGCUGGCGGGCACUGGUGUUCCUAGCUUUCGCGUACUUCCUAUCGACGCAGCAGCCUCCAGCUACGAGACAGACAUAGAGACAAAAAAAAAUCUAUGGAACCUCUUGUAAGAGGUAGAAAAAAAGAGAGAACGAGGAC